CGGGAACUUUCCUUUCAUUGGCUACUUUCCACACCGUAAGCCUGCCCGCCAUUACACAACAUUGGGAUUGGGCAGCUCCUCCGCGGUCCAACCAAACGGCUUUCCUCCACCACUGACUCACUGACCGAACCCAACUCAGUCCUCUAUUCGUCAACGCGCUCUUCACUUCCUUGUCGGCUCUCUCUUUCUCUCUCUUCUCUUCCCCUGCCCGUAAAAAGCGCGGUGGACCAGUUCUCUCUUGAGUCCAAAAUCUUCGUCGGUUCUCGUCAUCCUCCGCUUUUUGAACUCCCCUGCAGUCAAAUUUCUUCAACUCACUCCGUAAUCGAUCAAUUCUGUUUACCAUAAUUGUCGUCAGUAUAUAUUCCUCCAUAUCCUCCCUACUGUGUGACUGCGUGUGUUUUGUUAAUGGUGUGGGAAUUGGAAUCAGUGCCCCUAUAUUAAAUAGGCAUUGUUAGUGUGAGAGUUAAUUUGAGUUUGGUGCUUUGCUUGAAAGAGACGUUGUAGUCAGCGAAAUUGGAUAAACCGUGAGUAGUUCUGUUUUGCACAGAGGAUGUGGAGGAUUGUAGCUCGAUCUGCCGCAAUGUCGGGCCUCCGCGGAUCGCGGAGGAUGGCGUCGACGGCGAUGUCUGGUCCUUGUAUCAUUCGCAAGCGCGGUGCUGAUAUUCUCCACGAUCCGUGGUUUAAUAAGGAUACUGGAUUCCCAGUAACUGAAAGAGAUCGCCUUGGGCUUCGUGGUCUUCUCCCUCCUCGUGUAAUAUCAUUCGAGCAGCAGUAUACUCGUUUCAUGGAAUCAUAUCGAUCUCUGGAAAAGAAUACGCAGGGUCAAAAGGAGGAUUUUGUAGCUCUGUCAAAGUGGAGGAUUCUAAAUAGGCUGCAUGACAGAAAUGAGACAUUAUACUACCGUGUUCUCAUCAAUAAUAUCAAAGACUUUGCUCCAAUAAUAUAUACACCCACAGUGGGAUUGGUUUGUCAAAACUAUUCCGGUUUAUUUAGACGUCCACGUGGAAUGUACUUUAGUGCCAAGGAUAAGGGAGAAAUGAUGUCUAUGAUCUAUAAUUGGCCUGCUAGCCAGGUUGACAUGAUUGUUCUGACUGAUGGCAGUCGCAUACUUGGGCUUGGUGAUCUUGGAGUUCAGGGAAUUGGUAUACCAAUUGGAAAGCUUGAUAUGUACGUGGCAGCUGCAGGGAUCAAUCCACAGCGUAUACUCCCAGUUAUGCUUGAUGUGGGUACCAACAAUAAGAGGCUCCUCGAAGAUCGACUAUAUUUAGGUUUGCGUCAACCAAGGUUGGAAGGAGAAGAAUAUUUAUCGAUAGUUGAUGAAUUCAUGGAAGCUGUCCAUGCUCGUUGGCCUAAGGCUAUUGUGCAGUUUGAGGACUUCCAAAUGAAGUGGGCAUUUGAAACAUUGCAACGCUAUCGGAACAGAUUUUGCAUGUUUAAUGAUGACAUACAGGGGACAGCAGGUGUUGCACUGGCUGGGCUACUUGGAACUGUUAGAUCACAAGGUCGACCGUUAACCGAUUUCGCGAAUCAAAAGAUAGUUGUUGUUGGAGCUGGAAGUGCGGGGCUCGGUGUUCUUAACAUGGCAUUACAGGCUGUUUCAAGGAUGGCUGGGCCAGUAGCAAACCCUCACUUUUUCCUGCUAGAUAAAGAUGGACUAAUUACUAAAGAUAGGGAUGUCAUUGAUCCAUCUGCUGCUCCAUUUGCUAAAGCACAUCAAGAGCUUGAGGAAUUCGGUCUUAGAGAGGGUGCGAGUCUCACUGAAGUGGUGAAAAAAGUCAAACCUCAUGUGCUUCUUGGUUUGUCUGGUUGUGGAGGCAUCUUUAAUGAAGAGGUGCUCACAGCAAUGAAGGAGUCAGACUCCAUUAAGCCUGCUAUUUUUGCAAUGUCAAAUCCCACAAAGAAUGCUGAAUGCACUGCAAAGGAUGCUUUCCAGUUUGCCGGUGAAAAUAUCGUUUUCGGAAGUGGCAGCCCAUUCGAAAAUGUUGAUCUUGGUGACGGAAAAGUUGGUCAUGUGAAUCAAGCAAAUAAUAUGUACCUCUUCCCUGGGAUUGGUUUGGGAGCUCUUGUAUCUGGAGCUCGCAUUAUUACUGAUGGAAUGUUGCAAGCUGCAGCAGAAUGCCUUGCUUCAUAUAUGACAGAUGAAGAAAUUCAGAGAGGAGUUUUGUAUCCAUCCAUUGAUUGUAUUCGGGAUAUAACAGCAGAGGUUGGAGCAGCAGUUCUCCGAGCAGCUGUUGUUGAAGAGGUAGCUGAAGGAUAUCAUGAUGUGGGACCUAAAGAACUUUCAAACAUGUCCAGAGAGGAGACGGUGCUACACGUUAAGAGAAACAUGUGGUAUCCUGUUUACAGUCCUCUAGUCCAUGAAAAAUGA